CCGGCUGGGGAUAAUCCGCGCCCAUGCAAUUUGAGGCCAUUACACCUCACCCUCUCAUCACUCUCUCUCCAUCCGACGCCGAGGUCGCGACACACCUGAGCAGGGAGCGCGUGCCAGUGCCACCACCCAUGGCGAGCACCAACAUGGCCUCGGCCACCUCGCGGUUCAUGCUGGCUGCCGGCGUGCCCGCCACCGGCAUCAGCGGCAACGGCAGCGGCCGCGUCAGCUUCGCGCCGGUACCAAACAGGCUGGGCAGGAGGCUCGUGGUGCGGGCCGAGGAGGAGGCCGCGGCACCGGCCGAGCCCGCGGCGGAAGGGGAGGGCGCCGUGGCCACCAAGACCAAGGCCGAGAAGCCGCCGCCGAUCGGGCCCAAGAGGGGCGCCAAGGUGAAGAUCCUGAGGAGGGAGUCCUACUGGUACAACGGGAUUGGCAACGUCGUCACAGUUGAUCAGGACCCCAACACCCGCUACCCGGUGGUUGUGCGGUUCAACAAGGUGAACUACGCCGGCGUGUCCACCAACAACUACGCCCUGGACGAGAUCCAGGAGGUGAAAUGAGAGAGGCUGGCUCAAGGGCCUCCGUGCUCCCCUGUGGUUGGUAGUUGCGAAAUGAGGGAUGUGAAGCUGCUGUGGUAGCGUCACAACAUCUUGUGUGUGAUAGCUUAAUCUCUGUAAUCAUUAUGUAAUUGCUUUGCUGCUUGCUUCACCGUGGACUAAAUAAUCUCCUGCCCUUAAAUUGUUGUAUUCUUUUCUUGUCAUUUUGUACAUGCUCAUAAACCUCUUCCCUAUAGCACCGUUUGCACGAU